AUGGCUUCAACUUCUUUUGAUCCGAAAAAUUAUCUUGUAGUAGUUGCCGGGUGCACAGGAACCGGAAAAUCAGACCUUGGAGUGGAAAUAGCCAAGAAAUAUAAUGGAGAAGUUAUCAAUGCGGAUUCUAUGCAACUUUACAAAGGUAUGAAAGUAUCGUUAGUCUCAUUUCGGCUUUAGGUUUGGACAUUGUGACGAAUAAGAUAACAGAUGAAGAAGCUCAGGGUAUAAAGCAUCAUUUGAUUGGUUUUUUGGAUCCGACAGACGAAUUUAAUGUUCAUAAAUUUCAAACACAAUGUUUGGACUGUAUAAACGACAUUUGGAAUCGAGGAAAGCUGCCAGUUAUUGUUGGAGGCACGGCUUAUUACAUUGAGGGCGUUAUCUAUAACGAUGCUAUUGUUAAAGUUGGUACAGCGGAGGAAAUUGGUAAGUUUUUGGCUAUUGUGAGGGCUGAAUAAGUUUGCCAAAGAUAAUAUUGAGGUUUUAAAGUCUAUUUUCCGUUCAUUUAACAAUGAUUUUCGAAGACAUUCAUAAAAAUGUUAUGUUAGCCAUGUUUCAGAGAAAUUACGACAAGAAAUGAAGAACAAAAGCGACACUGAUCUAUAUCAUAUUUUGAAGGACAAAGAUCCAGACGCUGCUGCUCAAGUUCAUCCGAAUAAUCGAGCUCGAGUUCAACGUGCUCUCGAAAUAUGUAUGCUUGGCAACUCGAAAAAGGCUGUUCUAAUUGGAGAACAAGGCAAAUUGCGCUUCAAGAACACAGCAUUGUUCAUUUUGGACGCGGAAACAGAUAUUUUAGAUAAUAGGUUGGACAAAAGAGUUGAUAAGAUGGAAGCCAAAGGGUUGAUGAAGGAAUUGACAGAAUUUUACGAUAAGGUAGGCGCCUAUACGGUUCUCUUGACGUCGUAUGUGAAAGAUUCUCUACAUAAAUUAAUAUUAUUCAUACUUUUUGUCACAAAAUAACUCUUUUAUGUUUUAGUACGGAGAAGCUUUGGGAUCACAUGGAAUAAAACAAUCCAUAGGUAUCAAGGAGUAUCUCCCCUACUUGAAGAUGCCGGAAGAAGCUCGUUCUACAACUAAAGGCGCAAAAUGUUUAAAGAACUGCGCUGAAACUUUGAAAUCAAAUACUAGAAAGUACGCUAGAAGACAGAGGAAUUGGUUCACAAUGAGAUUUGUACGGCGAACUGAAUUGAGAGAGGUAUGUUAACAUAAUUUUAUGAUUUUUAAUAUCAAUUGUUGCCUAAAUCAUAGUAGUGCCAUUUUGAUAAACGGUAUCUUACUGAAACUUGUUUAUUUUUAUAAUAUUGGAUUAUUGAAAUGAAUGCAAUCAUUUCAGGUACCAAACCUUUUAAUGUUGGACACUUCAACCGAUUUUUACGAAAAAGCGGUACCAUUUGCACUAAAACAAACACAAAGCUUCUUCAACGAUGGAACAUUUGACAAAACUGCUAUUAGUACAUGCUUAAUCGACACAAAUGAUCUCAAGCCGAUCACUGACCCUGAAUACGCAAAAAAGGCCAAUCAAAUGACACAUUGCGAGGUAGGUAAUGUUGGACAAAACAAUUGGUAUUGGGAAUAAGAUAAUAUCUGUAUAAGCUUGAAAUUUCAAUUAAAUUACCAAUAAGUAUCUUAUCUAAAUGUCUCGUUAAUAAAAAUUAAAUUUUUAGGUGUGUAACCGCGACGUUCAUGGAGAAAUAUGUUGGGAACGUCAUCAGCUUGGCCGAAAACACAUCUACAACCUGAAAAGAAACGAAAAAACUGAAGUAAAGGAAGAUGAAAUACCAGAAAAACGCGCGAAAACAGAAGCAUAA